AUGGAUAAAUUAAAGAAAUUUACUACUUGUGAUAUCUCAGAUGGCCUCUUAAAUUUAUGUAAGAUGGAUGACGGAGGUUUUAUUCCCAACUUAAUAUUCCAAUCUUCAUUUCCUGAUAGUAUUUCAAAAGAUAAAGCCAAUAUAAUGAUUGGAAAGGCAUAUACAGUAUUAUUUGCUCCUGUCGAUGAUCCAAGGGAAACAGUUAAUUACAUAGAUCAUAUCCCUGAGGGAUCUAUUGUCAUGAUUGCAUUGGAUAAGUCUUUGCAAUCACGGAAUGCUCCUUAUUCAAAGGUUACGAAUUCCCUCUAUGGAGGUUUGAUGUCAGCAAGAGCAAAAUAUUUGGGGGCUCAUGGUACUGUUGUGUUUGGUAACAUUCGUGAUGUCCAGGAACAUAGUGAUUUAAAUUUUCCAAUAUUUAGUUACGGUACUGGUAGUUGUGCGGCUAAUAAAGUUGUCAAACCUGUCGCUUGUAAUGUACCACUAGAGAUUUUAAUUACGAACCCCGGUCCAACUACUAUUACCGUAUCUCCGGGAGAGAUAAUUAUGGGAGACGUUAAUGGGGUUGUUCACAUACCUUAUUCUAUUAGUUCGAACGAAAUCUCUUUAAAAAGUUUAGUUAAUUAUAUAGAAAAAUCAAUUGAAGCUGAUGAGAUUAUUAAACAAGAAAUCUUAAAAGGUAGUUCAGCAAAGGAAGCAAUGGCAAGAAAUCGGAAAAUUUUAAAAGAAUUGAUAUAA